AAGCUUAUGGCAAGGAAAUCCCAGAAACGUCGACGAAGGCGAAGAUAGUUGGUGUAAAUUCUAAUACCGUUGCAAGUCCAGAUGAAGAACUCGCGACAUUUGGCCGCUUAGAUUGGACUAAGUCUUUGCUAAUCUUCCAUCUUUUACGCACGAGAAGCUUGAGCAUAAGCUUGUUGAAAGUAGAAGAGGAAAAUCCGAUAAUUAUGCGCCUAACGCUUUUAGAAAUAUGAAGAAAGGUUACGGUCUCUGGCGAGAAGGAUAUGUAAAGAAUACAAUGGUAAAAGCAAAUGUUCCUACUUCAAAUGGGGAGGUUGUAUUUGUUGUAAAGGCGCGUGUUGGUGCAUCUAUGAAAAGUGUGAGCUACUCUGUAUAUGUUCAUUUAAAUCAGAGAACUGCUGAAGUGGAGUAUAGUAUUUGUAACUGUAAAGCAGGACAACGUGGAUGCUGCAAACAUGUCGCAGCGUUACUUUACACAGUGUUAGACUUUGUGAAUCUUAAGCUUUCUGCUGUUCCUGCCGAACAUACGUGUACUCAGCUACCUCAAAAAUGGAAUGUACCAUCUGGCAAUUCUAAAACUCUUGAGAAAGCUGUAAAAUUUGACCACUUGCUUUUUGAAAAGGCUGAUGUAAAUAAGACCAAUAAACAACAUUCUGUAAGAGGUGUUAGAGAGAACUACUGCUCGACUCCACCAUAUGCACAAGAACUUACCAAAGAAGACAUCAAAAUAAUGGCAGAUGCCUUUCAAAAAGUUAAUAGGGCAUCAUUGUUAUGUGAAGCAUUUAAAUCAAAUGAAUAUCAGCCCUGUAAUACUUUUGAGACUUCUUGCAAUCGAAUGAUAAAGAGGAGAAAGCUGGUGGAGUCUUUGCCUGAAGAUCCAUCUUUGUGUAUUAUAAACAAGAUUUUUAAGAAUGUGGCUACAGAUUAUAGUCCUCCUUUGGGACAUUCUAAACAACAAUUGGAUGUAAUGUUGAAAACAGUUUUUGUCACAGUUAUCCAAGCCAAAGAAAUAUGCAUGAAUACAAUGGAACAAAGUAAAAGUCCUUCUUGGUAUGAUGAAAGGUGCAAAAGACUAACUGCUUCUAUUUUUGGAAAAGUUAUAAAUCGAAGAAAAACUAUACACCCUACAUUGUUGCUUAAAACAAUCACCAAAUCUAACAAAUUUUUUUAA